AUGGACCUAACAGCAUCGCCCGCACCUCCUGGACACUACGACAAUAUCUGGAACCCAUGGAACCCUGGACGAGCUCCGACACCAAACCCGGACUGGCACAAGAACUACGAGAGCGAACACGGCGAGUCGGAAGGAUUUGGGGACGAUGAGGAUGAGGAGAGGAGUGAGAAAGGGGUCGAAGGAGUGGAGGACGAUGAUGAGGAAAUAAUCGCGGAUUUGGAUACACGGUUGGACCCAGUAUGGGAAUUGCACAGUGUUAUCCUGUUCAAUAGACAGAAGGAAAUCAAAGAGAAGGCCGUGGAAGUAGUGGAGGAUGCCUUCUUACAUGCUGACAUGCCUAUCAAAAGGAAGUCCGAGGACUACAUGCAAAUGGUAGUGAAAAUCGCCACCAAAUUCGCUCGUAAGUACCACGAGAUAAGACUUGAGAAGGAAAGUCAUCGUGAACGCACACCGAUGGGUAAGGUAUUCGAUUCGGCGAGUUUAUCAUCGCGAUCCGGAAACUCCAACAAGAAAUCAAGCACCAAAGGGACCGUGUCACCAAAAUUCGACAUACAUCCCAACAUCACGAUGCGACCCAACCCAGUGCCCCGAGUGAAUAACUGGGCGGAUCGCGUGGCGUACCAGAAGAUGCGAAACCAGAUGCUUGCCCAAAAAGGAGAAUCGUAUAUUGAAGAUCAAGGCGUUAUAUUUGAGGGCCAUAUCGCCAAGGAAGCGCCACCACAUGCAAGCACAAUACCAAAUGUCAACAAUAAGCCCACUAAGGUAAUACAAUCCAAGGCUAGCGAGAAGUUACCCAAUCAAGAAGUUACAACCCACAAGGGAGGAUACAAGCGAGGAUUUUCGAUGCCACUUUCGACUAUAGAGAAUAUCGACACCCCAGGACAACCAAAAGCGAAGAUUGAACAUAAACGAGCUAUGGAAAAUCGGCUGAUCCGUAUCAUCGACGAGAACCUGGGUGCACGGAUGGAAUUGCCAACAGGCGUUAAGUUGAAUUUGAAGUUGGACACAAAUGAAAAAUUUGGUGGCUCAGCGAAGUUUUCAACUUUAGAAAACUGGCUUUUGGCAAUAUGCCAUAGUUUCGCAAUCCGGCAGCUGGGAGGAAACGAUAUGGAUACAAUGAGGACGAAAUUAAUCGGCGAAUUCCUCAAAGGAGAGGCACACAACUUUUAUAGUCGGCAUGUCGCAAGCCCGCAACGAUCGAAGAUCAAAUGGACAUUCAAAGAAGUGAUACUGGGCCUGUAUGAACACUUUGUGCACCCAUCAUCCAUGCAAGACGCACGAGAAGGGUUCAAAAAGGCGAAGUAUAACCAUGUUAAGGGAAUUCAAGCAUUUUACAAUUCGUUAAUGGAAUUUGCACAAAACAUGUACGACUGGCCGGACAAAUAUACGAUACUGGAGAAGUUCAUGGACGGAAUACCCGAGGAUAUGAAAAUACACCUACUCAAAGAUAUCGGGUUAUCCCCAGAAAUGAACUCAAUCACGGAGUUUGUAGGGUAUGCCAUAAGAUACGAGAAACGAGUCAAGACAUUGACAUAUUAUCAAAAGAAAGACACACUCGGACAUAAUGAAAAUAUUCGCAACCCAAACAUUGUAAGACGUGGUAAUAAAAUAAUGGUGCUGCGAUCGGCACUGAGUGAGGAAGCCGCGGUGAAGACAACGGACAAGCCACUUGAGCAGGCCAAUCGCGAGCAACCAAAGGCAUCUAAGGACACCAAAACGGACAAUCGUGCGCAGACAAGUGGGAAUAAUCGUAGAGGACCUAAUGUUGUCAAGUGCUACAAUUGUGGUAAAGAAGGCCACAUGGCACGCGAAUGCCCGAUCCCACGCGAAAAACGAUUGCACCUAAAGGCGGCGAGGACAGCAAUACCGGACGAUAAUGACGCCGACGUAUCUGGAUCUGAGGAGCUUGAAGAAAAUAUGGAUAUCGAUGGUAUGGACACACGAUCGCAAGCGAGUGAAUACACUGAAGUUGAGAUGGUAGGGUCCGAGUGGUACGAGAACGACGAGUAUAGCGAAGGAGAUCACGUUGCAGCCAUGCGCGUACGAGCGAUUCACAAGAUAUUCAAUUGUGACAGUGACGGCGAUGACUCUUGUCCAGAGCUCGACCCUAUAUCAGAUUCGGAUGACGAAGAUCCUUACCAAAAUAAAAGGGCGAUGGCACUAUACCCAGAGCUUGAGCGCAUAGAGAACAAUGAAGACGACCCCGAGGUGGCGAACGGGGAUGCGGUGUUCAUGACAGCUAUGACUGACAUACCAGAGAAGGAUGCAAAAUCAUUGAACGGCAUCAAAAUGCGCAAGGUGAAGAUACGUACCAUACGCAAAUGUCGUAUGCGACCACAGGUGAAGCCCGAGCAUAAGCUAUGCCUAGCAACAUUCACAAACAUUGCGGGGAUGGAUGCAUGGACUUUGUGGGAUUCUGGGAGUACGACAACAGGAAUCACGCCUUCAUUUGCUCAAAUAGCCGACAUAUCGGUGGACACACUUUUGGACCCGCAUAUACUCCAAUUGGGAACAACGGGUAGUUGCUCUGUGAUAAAAUACGGCGCUGACGUACAGGUCGUGAUUGGGAAUAAGACCACUACUACAUAUGUUGACGUUGCAAACUUCGACCGAUACGACAUGAUAAUGGGCACCCCAUUCAUGCACGAGCACAAAGUUGUACUAGACUUCAAUAAGUUGGUCGUCCGGGUGAAUGGAGAAGAAAUACCAGCAAUCAAAGUGUCACGCCCGGACGCGGACAGCAGGCUUUGUCGACAACGAGCUACGGAGGGACAAAAGGAGCAACUGGACUGA